AUGAUACUGGGACUAGGACGACCGUCUUUCAGGCCGCGACCGUCUCUGCUCGGCCUCGUUUCCGCAUUGUCUUCAUCAUCAUCUUCUUCUGCGGGUGACGAUGGUGAUAAUGAGGAUGCCUGCAGCGCCCUAAAGCAGCACCAAGAUCCAGCUCCACCACGCAGCUUCAUCUGCAACUUCAACUUCACCACCAACAACAUCGUCAACAACAACAACAACAACAACAACAACAACAACAGCUACAGCCGCCGCAUCAGCAGCUGUAACGAGGACGACGGUAGAGAGAAACUCGAGGAUACCGAGGACAGCUGUAGCGUCGACGGCUCAGAGACAGGAAGCACAUCGUCAUCGUCCACUGCACCGAUCGAAACGAGGUCGCCGCCUGCCAUGGCACCCAAGGACUCGAAGGAGGAGGCCGGGGAUGAGCAGAAGGGAGUCGUCUUCUCCAUCUCCGGUCCUGUCAUCGUGGCAGAGAACAUGAUAGGAUGUGCCAUGUACGAGAUGUGCCAUGUCGGAGUUGACAAAGUCGUUGGAGAAGUCAUCCGAAUCUCAGGAGACCAGGCCACCAUCCAGGUCUACGAGGAAACAGCUGGUGUUACUGUCGGUGACCCCGUUAUCAGGACGGGCAAGCCGCUGUCCGUCGAGCUGGGCCCCGGUCUGAUGGAAACCAUCUACGACGGAAUCCAGCGUCCUCUCAAAUCCAUCUCUGAGGCCUCAAACAGCAUCUACAUCCCUCGUGGUGUCGCCCUGCCCGCUCUCGACCGCAAGAAGAAAUGGGCCUUCAAACCUGCCGGUCUCAAGGUCGGCGACCACAUCACUGGUGGUGACGUCUGGGGUUCCGUCUUCGAGAACAGCCUGCUUCACGACCACAAGAUCCUCCUACCCCCAAGAGCCCGAGGAACCAUCACACGUAUCUCUGGGCCUGGUGACUUCACCGUCGAUGAAAAGCUGCUGGAAGUUGAGUUCAAUGGCAAGAAGACCGAAUACAGCAUGAUGCACGUAUGGCCCGUUCGUGUGCCUCGUCCAGUUAACGAGAAGCUCUCCUCCGAUUCUCCCUUCAUCGUCGGCCAGCGAGUCUUGGAUUCUCUGUUCCCCGGUGUCCAGGGCGGUACGAUCUGUAUCCCCGGUGCUUUCGGCUGUGGAAAGACUGUCAUCAGUCAGAGUGUGUCCAAGUUCUCUAACAGUGACAUUAUCGUCUACGUCGGUUGUGGUGAGCGCGGUAACGAGAUGGCUGAAGUCUUGAUGGAUUUCCCAGAGCUUACAAUCACCAUUGACGGACGCAAAGAGCCUAUCAUGAAGCGUACCUGCUUGAUUGCCAACACCUCCAACAUGCCUGUGGCUGCCCGUGAGGCCUCCAUCUACACCGGUAUCACUGUUGCAGAGUACUUCCGAGACCAAGGUAAACACGUUGCUAUGAUGGCAGAUUCCAGUUCCCGCUGGGCUGAGGCUCUCCGUGAAAUUUCCGGUCGUCUAGGAGAGAUGCCUGCUGAUCAGGGUUUCCCCGCGUACCUUGGUGCCAAACUUGCUUCUUUCUACGAGCGUGCGGGUCAGACCAUCGCCCUGGGUAGCCCCGAGCGAAAAGGAAGUGUCAGCAUUGUUGGAGCCGUCAGUCCACCUGGUGGUGACUUUGCUGAUCCCGUCACCUCAAGUACACUCAACAUCGUCCAAGUCUUCUGGGGUCUCGACAAGAAGCUCGCCCAAAGAAAACACUUCCCGUCCAUCAACACUUCCAUAUCCUACAGUAAAUACACAGGCAUCCUUGACAAGUACUACGCCAAGGAUCACCCUGAGUUCCCCCGGCUACGUGACAAGAUCAAGGAGCUGCUCAGUAACUCCGAAGAACUGGAUCAGGUCGUGCAGCUCGUUGGAAAGUCUGCUCUCGGAGACGCUGACAAGAUCACGCUGGACGUGGCCACCCUGCUCAAGGAAGAUUUCCUGCAGCAGAACGGAUACUCUGACUACGACCAGUUCUGCCCCUUGUGGAAGACGGAGUACAUGAUGAAGGCCUUUGUCUCCUACUACGAUGAGAGUCAGAAGGCCAUUGCCCAAGGUCAGAGCUGGGCUAAGGUCCGAGAAGCCACCAGCGCCAUCCAGACUGCUCUUCGAAACAUGAAGUUCGAGGUCCCUGAUGACGAGGAAGAAGUCACCGCUAAGUACGAUAAAAUUCUCCAGGACAUGUCUGAAAAGUUCGCCUCGGUGUCGGAUGAGUAA